AUGACGAGGAAUGGUGGGGCCAGAGGCAAGCUGGAGGACAUGGCCCAGCUUGUAGGCUCUGGACUUCCCCAAGAUGAAAACACCAGCAAGGUCCCCACCUUUGAUCCUGAACAGGUCAUUGCCCACUGCUUCCAGCAGUUCAAGCAGGAGGACUUUCACCUGCCCGAAAGCCGCCGGCGGGUCAUCAUUGUGCCUCGCAAGGAGGGUCAGAUGCCCAUCAAUCCCUCAUCCCAACCCCAGGCUCCCGCACAGCCUAUCCCCUGCCUCAAAGCCCUGGAAGCAAAAGAUAUCCAAGAGCAGCCCGAGGACAGGAAGACCUGGCUGAGCCAGAUGACAAAGCUACGGAAGGAGCUGGAGUCAUUUGGCGACACAAAGAGGUGGCUGGAAAGCAAGCCCCGCCUCACGCUGUCAGAGGCCAGGGUCUUACAAAGGAUCCAUAAGGAGCAAACCACCCAGUUGCAGGCCAACUUGAGCACCGCCAGGGCCACCCAGAAGAAGGCCUCCCGCCUCUCCCGCCAAUCGGUGCCCCAGCUGCGGCUGCCCAAGCCCUCCGCCCUGACGGCCAUGUACUCCUACCUGCGCAGCCGCAGGAUCAAGAUCCUGGAGAUAUUUAACAAGACGGUCCGGGGUGAGAACCAGAGACUCACUAGGGAGGAGUUCAUCGUGGCUCUGAAGGCACUUGGCGUCCCUCUGAACAAUCAGGAGGUGGAGGACAUAGUGAUCUAUCUCAGCUCUCUUGGGAAGCAGAACACCAUCACCAUGGACAUCGUGGCCAGCACCUACAAGCAGUGGUCUAUGGCUCAACAGAGGAGCAAGCUGCCCACUUCAAGAGAGUAUUAUACCUUGGCUGAGCACAGAGCUUCCCCAAAGAGCCCGCUCAAGAAGCAGGAGGAUUUAGCCCCACAGCCUCCCCAGAUGGACCUGCUGACAGUGCCCGAGGUCAACACACACAUGGAGGCGCGGCCCAUGACCCUGGAGGAGAUGGAGGACGUGGGCAAGCGGUACCGUGAGAGGCGGCGGCAGCACAAGCUCGCAACCUCCUCCAUCCAGUACACGGAGCAGUGCCGCCUGGUGCGCUGCGGGAAUAAGCACUUGGAUGAGCACUGCCUCCCAUCCACCAUCCAUGGGGAGAUGAGGGACCUCAUCGGCUUGUCCCGCAGGGACGACUUUCUGGUCUACCUGCAAUGCUGGAAGCUCUGUGAGUUCUACGGCCUCCCGCUGACAGAGGCCAUCCUCAUGAAAGCCCUGCUGUACCCAGGAGACAAGAUCAUUUUCCAGAAGGACCAGGUGCGCCCGAUCCGGCAGCCCGGAGGCUACUACUCUGACUGGAAGGUCUGCGCUCCGAAUCCUGCCCUGCGUAGGCCCCAGGGCCUUGGCCAGUCUGCAGCUAAGAAGACCAACAAGAAAAUGCCAAAGAAAAUCAAGAAAAUGCACUUUAAGGAGUUUGAGGAAUUCGCCAGGCAGCUGAAGACGAAGAGGCCCAGCGGUCUGCAGCGAAACCACUCCAAUUGCUUCUGGCCGGGUCACCUUCUGGAUAAGCUGCGGCUCUACCUGCCCACUGUGGCCACCGACCGGAGCCUGGCACUUUUCAGCUGUAUCCAACCCCAGCACCAUGUCUACCCAGCCACCUACCACCCUGACAUUUGGUGGCCCCUUAGGGACACCAGCUACAUGACCCACGCCUAUUAUGAUGCUGCCAAGGUCUACUACAUCGACUAG